AAGUGUUUCAGAAGGGUUGGUUAAAUGUUGGACGCUGACGGGGUUUGGUGGGGCAGCCGCCGUUACCGUAUCCCGCAUCCGUCCCUCUUUGGAUAUGUUUUUAGAUACACCAGCACAGGGGGCUAAGGAUCGUACCCUCAGAAACGCUUUCAGAAUUCCAGAAAGAGGACAAACACCAAUACGGGUUUUAGAAAACAAGAUGGCGGCACCUUGUAAACAAUACCUUUUUUAUUUUUCAUCUAAUGUCCUUAUACAAGGUUUACCUUCGAUGAAAUAAAGAACACGUGUUUGGAGGUCGAUUAAGCACUUGUGCGUGCAGACAUGUUCCCGAUUAUAUCAUUCCUCUGUCUAUAGACUGGGUGGGCCGAGAGUAACAUCUGUGUGACGUCUAUACAAAGGCUCUGUGCUGCGCGUCAACCGGCCUUGUUGAACCGGGUUUGCCAGUCAACACAGUCCGCUUUGACCGCAUGUGUCACUGUCGUGGAACCGAGGAUAACACCUUUGGAAACGCAUAGUUCACCGCACAAGCAGUUGAUCCGAAUAAGCAAAAAUGAGAAACGAACCAGUUGGAGUGUCCUGCAGACAGUUCCUGGCCAACUGUUUGUGCAGACGACGCAACUUCUUUGGGUUGAUAGGGUUGACACUUCUCCUCGGCAGCAUCUUCAUGUCAACACUCAAGUAUAACCCCCGAAGGGUGUACUCCAGUUUAUUUACUCAAUACCCGAUAAACAAAAGUACUGAUACCCCACCUGCUGAACGAAUAACAUACCAGAAUAUUAACUAUGAUAAUAAAGACUGUAUAUACCCUGGAAUAUGUCGUGCUCCACCUGCGAACGGCACAGUCUAUUUCCGGUAUUUUCGGAAUGCGACAUUCUACCAAAAACUCAACGAAACUGUUGAUCUUAAAAGAUCAACAACUCAUAACGAAUCUGUGGUGCCUAAUAUAGUUCAUGUUACUUGGUAUGGUGGACCAAAGAGAAACACGUUUUUAUUUCAUCAUUUAAUAUCAUUGUUGUCCAUCCGAAAUGUCCUGAAACCUACCCGCAUCCUGUUUUGGUGUGAUCUCAUUCCGGAAGGGACAUAUUAUCACCAGACAAGGGAACGUGUUCCGGAGAUUGUACUUGUGGUCAGGGAUCCUCCAACAGAAAUCAUGGGACGUGAAAUCAAAGUUCCUGAACAUCAGUCGGAUAUUGUCAGACUUGAGGCGAUCUUGGAGUUUGGCGGAACCUACGUUGAUCUCGAUGUGCUCGCUGUUAAGUCCUUCCAACCACUGUUCCGCUACGACGUGACGAUGGGGUACGAGACUCCAGGCGGCCUCUGCAACGGCAUUAUGGUGGCAAAGCCGUGGGCUGACUUCAUGAAGAUCUGGUACAAGGAAUACAAAACAUUUAAUGACAAGGUCUGGGGCUACCAUUCUGUCGUACUUCCAGCCCAAUUGGCCCACAAGUACCCCAAUCUAAUCCAUACUGAGGCUACGUCCAUGAACCAUCCAAACCCAGGAGAAAGCUUUGCUCUUCAAUAUGGGGCAAGUCCCUUUGAUUGGCAAAAUAAAAACUAUGCUGUUCAUACAUGGAUCCGAACACAGUUAAUUGCCCACAAAUUGAACGCUUGGUCCAUAAGAACAUGGGAUUGUGCAGCAGGAGAGAUGUUCCGGUAUAUUUACUUUGGAGACAAGGCCCUAAUAGCACCCAUUGACUAGGGGACUCCAGUAGUAACAGUUUGAGGGUUAAACUGUUCAUAAGACACAAAUUGAACGCUUGGUCCAUAAGAACAUGGCAUUGUGCAGCAGGAGAGAUGUUCCGAUAUAUUUACUUUGGAGACAAGGCCCUUAUAGCACCCAUUGACUUGGGGACUCCAGUAGUAACAGUUUGAGGGUUAAACUGUUCAUUAGACGCGAGGAUGUGAUAUUGUUUAUGGGUUACUGGUGCGUGCCAGGAGAGACUAUGUUUUUUUUAUGUGUUCUCGAUUGUGACAUGUAAAACAGGAAUCAACACAUGUUAUUUGUGACACAUAAUGCAUUGCAAUCGGCAAGAGCAGGUCAGUUAAGAUGUUUCCAUGCAAGUAAUGUCUUGUUUGAAAUUCAUGUUCGCGAUCUCCUGGUGUCAUCUCUGAUUUUUAGUGAUCAUCCAUUUUAACUUUUGUUUUGCCUUUUACGCCCAAUGGAAUCUGUUUCGGCGGGUAAUCGAGACUGGUUAUUAUCUGGCGUUAACGUUUUAUAUUCAGUCCGUUGAUAAUGAUAAUGUCUAUUUAUCUUAUUUCCAAUCUUGUUUUGAUGUUACAAAAAAGCAAUUUGUUUUGUAACAUGUAUGCAACAGUUUUGAAGUUUCUGGAAUCGCAUGACCUCCAUUUUUCCAAAAGAAUAAAGCCUGUUUUUAGAUGAUAAGCAAAUAGUUGAUUACUGUUUCAUAUAUAUAUACAAAGUUCCUAAUAACGUAAUAAUAAUCAAUAAUAUAUGUGUAUUUAAUUCCACUAAGUGGACAUUUAGAUACAAGUGGAAGCAGCAUUUUUGUUUGUUUUCCCGCAAAAUUAACUUCAUGUUGAUAAUGAACCUACACCUUGAGUUGAAACCGCUAGCCAGUUAAAACGGUGUUCAAUUUUACACCAUGUCUCUUACUUAUUUUAUUGCUAUAUAUACACAAAGAAAAAACUUAAGCACACCCCUAUUGCUGGAACAUGACAAAUGGCAAAAUCAUAGCAUGGGAUGACUGACCACAGGAGCUUGGCGACACCAAUGUCAUUGGAUAGAACAAAUAUUUGACAACAAAUAAAGAAGCUAUUGGAGGUUGUGAUUAUUACAAUGUACCGACAAUAACAUCAUUGUAACACCGGUACUGUUUUUGACCUUAGACAAUACCUAAAAAAACGUAUGGAGCUGCAGGAUUAAGUAAACGAGUUCCGUUUGAUGUUUCAUGUGAAAAUGUUCCUCAAAGUCUCUACUUGACAUGACACAUGAAACAGAUCAGUAGCUGGUAUUUCCGUCACGUACCCGGAUGAUGCAUUCCACCCUACGUCUCAUGCCUCCAGUCAGACGUUGGAUCUGUUGAUGGGUCAUCAACAGCCACUCCUGAGGCAAUGCUGCUUUCAAUUGGCGUAAAUCUUGUUCCCGUACGCGCCGCCCCAGAAUAUCCCAAACAUGUUCAAGGGGGUUCAAAUCUGGGCCCAUUGCUGGCCAGGGAAGAGUCGUUAUUGCAUUGGCCCUCAUGUAAUCCACGACUGCAUGUGAAGGAUGAGGCCUGGCAUUGUCAUCCAUGUACUGAGGUCGAGUAGCAAGAGGGUGGGUGUCAAAAUGAUGAACGACGACUGGCCUCAAAACGCCCCGGAUGUACUGAGCCCCUGUUAAGUUGCCCCUUAUGCUGACCAAAUCCAAACGCAAUCAUGAGAGAUACAUCCCUAAACCAUUACCGAACCCACGCCGUAAUGUUCCUGGGGGUGUAGGCCGUGUUCCGGUGCCUCCAAACUCUCGUUCUUCCAUCAGUGAUGUGGAGCAGAAAGCCUCUUUUGUCAGACCAAUGGAUCCGUCUCCGUGGUGAUCUCUCAACAAGGGGCGCUUUAUGACUCGUCUAGCCCUCAGUCCUGUUGCUUUCAGUCGAUUCCUGACGGUUCUGGUGCUGAAACGACGAUUGGGCAACCACAGCUGUUUCAGACGAGUACUUGUUGAAAAGGGUAAUCGGCGUAUGAGACGAUGUGUCGUCACAAGAGGUCUUCCGGAUCUGGGACGGUCCUGUACAUCACCGGUCUGAUCAUGUUUCUCGUCUAAACGGCAUAUGACAGUGUGAUGAUACCCUAAAUUCCGACCAAUGGCAUUACAAGACAUUCCUGCGUUAUGCAUGCCGAUUUUUUGCCAUCUUUGAUAAUCGCCUUCGUGCCAUGAUCACACAAUGUCAUGGAAUAACUGUUUAAAACCGAGCUUAAGAAAGCAGUUUUAACGUUUGGAAAUACUGCUUUUAGAGAAACUCGAGGGUAACAUGCUGCACGGGCAUACCAUGCAUGACACGUGAGCUUUCGUGACGCAUGACUGAUUACAUCAUCUCGAGAAAACAUAAUUCUUCCCGUAAUUAUAUCUUUCAUGACUGUUACAAAUAUUGGGACCAAACAAUAAUGAAAUAUAUUAGGGUGUGCUUAACUGUUUUCUUUGCGUAUAUUUAUAUGACGUCGUAAAAGUGGACGACGUUAUUCGUGAGAGGGAAGUGUCUUGUGAGUAUAUAUAUACUCUAUGUUACUGUCUUUCCAUUUUACGAAAUGUUUAACAAUAACAAACAUUUACGAAUGGAAAAAGAACAGCUAUUCAUCAGGCUUUUGAAACCUAAACUUAAUUUAAAAGUAUAAUUUUCAAAACUUUCCCAUGUACCUCAACGUGUAUUUGUGCACCAACGCCAUAAUGUAUUUGUACCUCCUUCUAUUAUUACUAACUUUGACGUCAAAGGUUUUAUGACGUCAAAAACAUAACGCUGGGUGUCGCCAAGGACUACGGUUUACUCAUCCCUCUAUUAUGACGCCACAAAUACCACUGUUGUGCGUCGCCUAGGACAACAAUGUAAGCUAAAGUUGUUAAUCACACUCCGGCGCACAGGUGACUUGACAUAACACCAUAUGCUAAUUUGACCAGACUUUUCUCUUGUUUGUAAACAAACGCGC